AUGAAGGUGAACUACAAGUUCUCGAACAUAUGUGGGACUGUAUACCGACAAGGGAACCUCGUAUUCACCUCUGAUGGCAACUCCUUGCUCAGUCCGGUAGGGAAUCGAGUUUCGGUCUUCGAUCUCACCAACAACCGAGCACGAACGUUGCCAGUGGAGAACCGCAAAAACAUUGCUGCCAUAGCUCUCAGCCCAGAUGGGAACGUGUUAAUCUCGGUGGAUGAAGAUGGACGUGCGGUACUCGUCAACUUUCGACGUGGCACUGUUCUGCAUCACUUCAACUUCAAAAAGCCCGUGAAAGACAUCCAGUUCUCCCCAGACGGACGGUACAUCGCCGUUACCCAUGGCUCGCACGUCCAAGUGUGGAGAACCCCAAACCACCUCGCCCGCGAAUUUGCACCCUUUGUCCUCCACCGAACCUACACCGGACAUCACGACGACGUUUUGAGUAUACGAUGGUCGCCAGACUCUCAAUGUUUCCUAACCACAUCUCGUGACAUGACGGCUCGUCUGUUUACUUUGGAUCCAUUGGAGGGGUUCCGACCGAAAACAUUUGCUGGGCAUAGAGAUGCAGUUGUUGGCGCUUAUUUCACUUCUGACGGUGAAACGAUCUACACUGUUAGUCGGGACGGUGCCGUGUUUACGUGGAGGGCAAAGGCUUCCGAAGACAUGGAGACCGACGAUGAAGAUGUUUCUCCGAUUCCCUCCGGUUCUAAAUCGCUAGGCGUCUCAAUAGCAAAUACAAGAUGGGGCAUCUACGAACGACAGUACUUCAAUCUCCCCAACACAAAAGUCGUGUCCUCUGUCUUUCACAGUGCAUCGAAUUUGCUUGUCAUCGGAUUUUCAACUGGUGUCUUCGGUCUCUGGGAGAUGCCCGCCUUCUCCAACAUCCACACCCUCAGCAUCUCCCAGGAGAAGAUAUCGUCCGUCGCCAUCUCUCCCUCUGGGGAAUGGCUAGCCUUCGGCGCACGAAAGCUGGGCCAACUUCUGGUCUGGGAAUGGCAGUCCGAGUCCUACAUCCUCAAGCAACAGGGCCACUACUUUGACAUGAACACACUGGCAUACACGCCUGAUGGGCAGACGGUGGUCACGGGAGGAGACGACGGCAAGGUCAAGAUCUGGUCAGUUAACAACGGCUUCUGCUUUGUCACCUUCUCGGAGCACUCCGCGCCCGUCUCGGAAGUCGCGUUCGCGAAGCACGGCUCGGUCGUGUUCUCCGCGUCGCUCGACGGGACCGUGCGCGCGUACGACCUCAUUCGGUACCGCAACUUCCGCACGUUCACCUCCCCGUCGCCUGUCCAGUUCUCCGCUCUGGCCGUCGACCCAUCAGGCGAGGUCGUCGCAGCCGGAUCCACCGACUCGUUCGAAGUCUUCCUCUGGUCUGUGCAGACUGGCAAGCUGCUUGACAUCCUCUCGGGUCACGAAGCGCCCAUCUCAUCCCUCACGUUCUGCCCGACGGGGUCGAACCAGCUCGCCAGCGGCUCCUGGGACAAGAUGAUCCGUAUAUGGAACGUAUUCGGGCGCUCGCAUGCUGUCGAGCCCUUCACGGUCUCUGCCGACGUGCUCGCGCUGGCGUACCGCCCCGAUGGAGGCGAGAUCGCGGUAGCGACACUCGACGGGCAGAUCACACUCUUCGACACGCGCUCGGGCAAGCAGUCGAACGUGAUUGACGGCCGCAAGGACAUCUCGGGUGGACGCAAGGCGGACGAUCGCGUCUCAGCAGCGAACAGCUCCUCUACGAAAGCCUUCACGAGCCUGGCGUAUACCGCGGAUGGGUCAUGCAUUCUCGCAGGCGGGAACAGUAAAUAUGUCGUGCUAUACGAUGUGCGCAAGGGCGAGGGCACGCUUGUGAAAAAGUUCCAGAUCUCGGAGAACCUUUCCUUGGACGGAACGCAGGAAUUCUUGGACAGCCGGCGGGUCAACAGCGCAGGCAUCAACGUGGACCUCAUCGACGACAGAGGGGACGCGAGCGACCUCGAAGACCGGAUGGACACGAGCCUGCCCGGUGCUUCCCGGGGCGCGGGCGACAUGUCCGUCCGCCGCUACCGCCAGGAGGCGCGGACCAAGUGCGUCCAGUUUUCCCCCACGGGACGCGCGUGGGCAGCCGCGAGCACCGAAGGCUUGCUCAUCUACUCCCUGGACGACACCGUCGCGUUCGACCCGUUCGACCUCUCCAUCGACCUCACCCCCCAAGCCGUCCUAGACGUGCUAGGCGAGGGCGAACAUCUCAAGGCGCUCGUGCUCGCGUUCCGGUUGAACGAGAAGCCCCUCCUCCGGCACGUCUACGAGCAUAUACCCCGCGCGGACAUCAAGCUCGUCGCGCGGCAGCUGCCCGUGACGUACAUCGCCGCGCUUCUCGAGUUCACCGCGCUGCACCUCGAGAAAAGCCCGCACCUUGAGUUCGAUCUGCUGUGGCUCAAUGCAGUGCUCAUGACGCACGGGCGGUACCUCCGCGACCGCAACGGCGAGUUCGCACCCUCGUUGAGAAUGGCACAGAAGGCUCUGGUCGAUACCGAGGGGUCGCUAUCGAAGAUAUGCGAUGAGAACACGUCAACGCUGCAAUACCUGGUUGACCAGGGUAAACUUAAGCACUCAAAAGAAACACAAGGGCAGGAGCCCCCAUCAAGUGCCGCAAGCGAUACAAGCGAUGGAUCAGAGUAAUCGCGUCUCAUUAUGCACGCACUACUGGUAACUCCAGUUGUGCGAGCCCAUUUGAAGGUUGGAAUCAAAGUAAAAAGUAC